UCCAGUCACAGGAAGCUGGCAGGGAAUUACCUUCAUGUGAAUAAAUUUUUGCUAGGAAAAACAGAUGUGAAGUUUGGUUCAUCUCGGUUAUAAGAAGAAUUUAUGGAUUCUUAAGAUAAGAAGGCAAGUUUUUAGGACUAAAACACAUUUCAUCUGGUCAUCUGGAAGGCCUUAUUGGGGAUACAGUACUGCUGGCAUUCAGACCUGCCACUGCAAUGGAGAAUGAAUUUGUUUUCAGUAGUGAUACAGCAGCUUUAGAUCCAGCCACUGAUCCAUCAGCAUCCACGAUGUUUCCAGAAUCUAAUGAAAAUGAGCCUGAAGGCUUAACUUUUUAUCACAUGGAUCUCUAUGAAUCAAAGGGAAGAUUAGAAAUCUUUCCUGAAGAGCCAGCUGGAAGAGGAGAUGGGGCUCUAGGUGAAACCACUGAAGAGUCAACAGAGCUUGGGGAAGAUUUUCGCAGUUCUGACCGAAGUGCAUAUGACUUGGAAAAGGAAGUUGAUGAACUAACAAAACUAUAUGGACUUGAUGAGGAUAAAGAAAUAGAUCAGGAGCUUCUUGGUGGGAAUAUAGCUACAGCUGGGAUUUUAGAGAGCAAAGAGACACCAGCUCUCAAGGAAGAUGUAGCAGCAGGAUCAUAUGGCUCCAUAUAUAAUGCACCAAAGAGCAGUUCACCAGUAAACGGCUCUCAGCAUAAAGAACACAUGGAAAGCGCAGAGGAACAGGAACUUCCUGGCAAGGAUUCUCAAGAUGAAUCUCAACACCUACACAAUGCGAAAGCAUAUGAUGAGUUGCAUAAUCAUGCAAGUUCCAAAGAAGAGCUUAGGAGUGAUGACAGGCAAACUGAGCAGAGUAUUCAACCAAACAGUGAAGAGGAAGCUGCUGAUAUUUAUUGUGCUACUUGCAAGAUUCCAAUUCGAGCGUUUGACAAAUUGUUUGGUGAUCAUAAGGACCAUGAGGUGACCCAGCUUGCCAAUGCAGUGGAAAGUGCAAAGGAGGAGAUUCAGAAAAACAUGUGUAAAUUAGAAGAACAGGUUACUGAAAUGGAAAACUUUGCUGGUCACUUGGAGGAAAUUUUCAUUACUGUAGAGGAGAAUUUUGGGCGCCAAGAGCAGAACUUCGAGAUGCAUUACAAUGAAGUGAUGCAAACCCUAACUCAGAGAUAUGAAGAAAAGGUAGAAGGCCUUGCGGAAGAGAAGAAACAGAAGCUAGAAGCCUUGUAUGGGCAACUGGUCAGUUGUGGAGAAAAUCUUGACACCUGUAAGGAGCUGAUGGAAACAAUUCAAGAGCUGUGCAAGGACAAGGAGAAAGCUGAUUUUAUAAAGGCUGCAGUACCCGUGGUGGACAGGCUGGGAGAAUUUUUAAAAAAAGAUAUGGAUUUAGUGCUUUCAACACUGCCAGACUUUGAAGACAGAGUCAUAGAUUUUUCUGAUGUUCAACAACUAAUGGAUUCCAUUAAUACCAUCGCAGCUCCUUCUGCUCCAGUGAUAAAUCCCCAAGCUCCCAACUCAGCGACUGGCACCUCUGUGAGAGUAUGCUGGGGCCUAUUCUCAGAUGACACUGUCGAAUUCUACCAGCUAUAUUAUAAACAAGUCAGUGAUGACACACCUAGUGAGGCACAAGCUGAGCUCAUGCUAAAAGUGAAAGAAGCAUACUGCACAGUAACUAAACUGGUGCCAAAUACACAAUAUGAAUUUUGGGUCAGUGCUUUAAACACCGCCGGCGUCAGCCCACUGAGUGAAAGAGCAGUUUAUGUGACAGCUCCUUCACCGCCUAUCAUUAAAAGAAAAGAGAGCCGAAGCUGUGAAAAUGCAGCACUGGUGUGCUGGGAAUCUGGAAACAUGAAUCCUGUUGACUCCUACACGGUUGAAUUGUCCAAACUAACAAAUGGAGAGAAUGGAGAUAUCAUUACAGAAUCUAUUGUUGGAAUUCCUAACCGUGAAACUCUAAUUCAACUGGAGCCAGGACAAAGUUAUGUUAUCUCUGUAAGAGCUGUAAACAUGGGUGGUCCAAGUGAGAGAAGUGAACCUCUCUCUAUCCACACCACAGGCACUUACUUUUAUCUUAAUGAGGACACUGCCCAUCCUUUGCUGUCUGUUCUAGAAGAUGGAUUAACAAUUGCUUGCAGUGAAAUAGAAAACCUAGAAUGUGAUUUGUCCUUCCGUGAUAACGGUUUUACAAGAUGUAUUGCUAUCCUGGGAAGCAUGAUACCAUUCCAAGGGAAACAUUACUGGGAGGUGGAAGUUGAUGAAAAUAUGGAAUACAGGGUCGGCGUGGCUUUUGAAAAUACUCACAGACACGGGUACCUGGGGGCAAACAGCUCAUCCUGGUGCAUGAGGCAUAUUGUCACACCAGCAAGGCACAAAUAUGAAUUUUUGCACAGUGGGACAACGCCAGACAUUAGGAUUACAAUUCCCCCCAAGAGGAUUGGCAUCCUGCUAGACUACGACAACUGGAAAUUGUCUUUUUUUAAUCUGGAUAUUGCACAGCACCUUUAUACAUUCAACAGUCACUUCCAGCACUAUGUGCACCCCUGCUUUGCUUUAGAAAAGCCUGGGGUCCUAAGGAUACGUAAUGGCAUUGCGAUGCCCACAUCUAUUACUCUUUUAUGAUCUAUGGCUUGAGGGGCAGCUGCUAAGCAUGGCACAUCUGUGUAACAAACUGACUAAAGCCCUAUAUCACAAUCACUUUCUCCCUUUUAAGUACACGCUUUAUGCUUCAGUGAAUAGUUAAAGGCCCAGUACUGCAUGCAGAACUCCUGUGGAAGGCACCAUCAGCUGAAGGCUUGCAGGAUCAAGCCCGCAGACUGCUAUAUCUGUCCUAUGUCAUUCAGAGGCUUCAUAAGCUCAGAAAGUUUCUCACCUUGCUGGAGGCGGACAGGCUCAUGCUAGCACACUAAAAAAAGCAGCAUGCACACUGUUGCUUGGGCUAGAGCUCAUGCUCUCAGGUCAAGGUAGCAGGAAUAUUUCUAGCUGAGCUGGGAGCUCACUCCUACCUGUAGUGUAGACAUUUCACAAGCUUAUAAGGGUAUGUUCACAGAAAGAGAGGAAAUAGCUCCAGGGAUUGACUUCCUGUGAAAGGAAAGUCUCUUCCUUUUAGGGCACUGGUUUGAAUCCAGCCCAAGCUAACAGUGACAAGCAGUUUGGUCAUUGGGAAAUUAGUCAGUAGGGUCAGCCCUGUUCUUAGUAGAGAGGAAUUCAGAUCACAAGAGCCAUUAUACUUAGCUCCAUUGUCAGCAAUCUCCAGAGAGGGCCAGGUCCAAACAGAUAUGGAGAUUUACCUUCCUUGUCCUUUCUAGAGGUGAUCGCAUCAGCUGAGGUUUGACACACAGAGGGGACAUUUGAGUUGGGAGGUGUGAAUCCCUACCCAGGCUUCAGAGUAGCAGCCGUGUUAAUCUGUAUCCGCAAAAAGAACAGGAGUACUUGUGGCACCUUAGAGACUAACAUUUAUUUGAGCAUAAGCUUUUGUGGGCUACAGCCCACUUCAUCGGAUGCACAGAAUGGAACAUAUAGUAAGGGGACACACACACACACACACACACACACCCCCCAUGAAAAGGUGGGAGUUGCACUACCAACUCUAAGAGGCUAAUUAAUUAAGAAGAGCAAUUAUCAGCAGGAGAAAAAAAAACUUUUGUAGUGAUAAGGACAAGAAGGUGUGAGGAUACUUAACAUGGGGAAAUAGAUUCGAUGUGUGUAAUGGCUCAGCCAUUCCCAGUCUCUAUUCAAGCCUAAAUUAAUGGUAUCUAGUUUGCAUAUUAAUUCAAGUUCAGCAGUUUCUCCUUGGAGUCUGUUUUUGAAGCUUUUUUGUUGCACGAUUGCCACCUUUAAGUCUGUUAUUGAGUGACCAGAGAGGUUCCAUUCUAUGCAUCUGAUGAAGUGGGCUGUAGCCUACGAAAGCUUAUGCUCAAAUAAACUUGUUAGUCUCUAAGGUGCCACAAGUACUCCUACCCAUGCUAACUCACUAAAAUGUAGGCAUGUAGCUGGGGUAGCACAGGUGGUGACUCAGGCUUGGCACCCAAGUACAUACCCACCCAGACGCCCUGGGUAUGUUGUGAGGUGGCUAGCCUGAGGCACCAUCCAUGCUAUCCCCACUAUAUCUAUGCAUGCUUGGAAUUACCUCCCAGCUCAAAUAGAGGUACCCAGAGUGAGGAUGGCAGUCUGCAUUGCUUUUAUGCACAAGUAACUCCACUAUCUUUUGACGAUCAUUUCUUACACAAAAGCAAGUGAUUUCUAUUCUUGUUUAUGUUUGACAAAGAGCUGUACAAAGAUGACCAGAAAAGCAAAGAGCUUAAAUCACCACACAGUUGGCAGAUGAAACCAAACAUGCUCAUAAUUUACACAAAUACCACAAAGCUAAUCUUAAAGUCAGGUAUUUUGCAGCUGCAUGAAGUCUAUGAAACAAGAUAAUCAAAUAUGCCUCACUCUCACGUGAAUCAUCAGCUUUUGCCACUAAGUGAGGCCUUGUGAAAUAAUCAACUAUGCAUUAUACGCUCAGUUAUUAAAGACAUUUUAUAAAAUG